GAUUAGGACAUCAAAUUCCUGGAGAGUCCAGAAAUAAUAGCCCUAAAGUAAGUGGGUCAGGAAAUGUUGGGAUAACACCAAUGGAACUUGAUAGAACGGAAGUAAGGAAAUUUCAAGGGAGUAAGAGAAAUGCUAAUAAAACUGCAAGAAAAAUAAAUAAAAAAGAGUUUAAACAAAAUAGGUUGUGUUUCAGGUGUGGACAGAAAGGACAUAUAGCUAAAAUGUGCCCCAGCAACUCUAAUAAAACCAACCCAACCCCUGGAACUUCAUCAGGGUCAAAUACCAAUGUCAAACAA